AGUGUUUGUUCAGAUGUGGAGCGCAAGAGUCUGAUUCUCGAGGGUCUGCCGGAAGAUUUCCAGCGAGUCAAGCCAAAGAUCGAGCUUUACUUCCAAAACAAAAGAAGCUCUGGAGGAGAGAUCGUGCAGACUCGAGAACAUCCAGACGACAGACGAAAAGCGUUUCUGGUUUAUAUAAGAGACGAAGAUCUGAAGAAGGUGCUUGACAAAAGGAUCCAUAAAGUUGAUAUCAAACCUCAUGGAUCUGUUGAAGUGACGGUGAAACUCCCAGAAGACACAAGAACCAAGAAGAUCAAACCACAAGUACUGCCCAAACCCAAACCCAACCCCGAGACAUGCCUUCCCCUCAGAUCACCGCACGCUCCUGCCAGACAGCCUACAACAGCAAUUAAAGGUCACACAGAUGAGGAGGAUUCAGAAAUACCAGAUCUUCUCAUUAACACCCCUGGUUCAGUUGAGAAGGAAACCCUUCAGAUGUAUGUUGAGCAGUUCACAGAGCAGUUUGAGCUAGCAAAGCACGGAAAUAACAGCUGGAUCCUGAAGCUCUGCAGCCAGUCAGAUUUAGAGGAGAUUUUGGGCCAGAAAGAGCAUGGGUUUGGUAUAACGUUAGCAGUGUAUAAAGGAGGAGGUCUGGGAGAGCAGCUGGACCCGCGUCGCUUCAUCUUGACUGGCUUUGAUGGAGCCACAGACUGCAGGAUGAUCUCAGUGUUCAUCGGCAGCUGUAGCAAGACCACAGAGCACACCUGGGAGACGCUUGAUGAGGACAGGAUCGUUGUCACCUUCAAACACGAUAUCGAUGUGACGUCAUUUCUAAGGAAAUGCACCUGGAGGCAGCUGCAGGGUCAAGACAUCGGAGUGACCCGUGUGGAGCGGACGGACUCGGUUCUGGUCCAGGGAGACUUGGAGAAGCUCACUGAAGAUGUUCUCACACUUUACUUCAGCAACAAGAAGAGGAGCGGAGGAGGAGACGUCCAGUCCUUCAUAUGGAUCAACAGACGAAAGAGCGCGGCCAUCACCUUCGGAAACUGUGACGUGAGCACAGGUUUUCCAUUUAUUUUUGGAACCGACCGAUCGUAG